GGCACGAACAUGGAUUAAAAAAAAAAAAAAAAAAAAAAAAAAAGGACACAAAUUCCCACACAAGAGGAGACGCCGGCGUCGCUCGGACUUUUGUCAAGACACAAUGACACGCUUUGGAACGCGCGUCGCCGCCUUGUUUCGCCUUGUUUUGUCUCCUUAAGAACGUUGUUUGUUGUUUGUUUGUUUGUUUUUGUUUUUGUUUUUGUUCUGAACCGAUAAGCCGUCUGUCGUCUUCUUGCCACUUUAGCUCUGAGCCCGGUUAGCAUUAGCUAACGGACAAAUAGGCAUUAUCUGGGCCCCAUUGUGACGUCACAGGAAUUGAGCUCAUUGAAAGCGACGUCAGCCAACAGCGGAAGAUGAACGGCCUGUCGGUCAGCGAGCUGUGCGGCCUCUUCUGCUGCCCGCCGUGUCCCGGCCGCAUCGCGGCCAAGCUGGCGUUCCUGCCGCCGGAGCCCACGUACGCCUUCCUCCCGGAACCGGAACCGGGCCCGGGCGGCUCGGGGUCGAGCCUGCGCACUCGCGGCGAGUGGAAGCUCCACCUGACGGAGCGCGCCGAGUUCCAGUACACGCAGAGGGAGCUGGACACCGUGGAGGUGACGCUGGCGCAGUCCAGCCGAGGGAACGAAAUCGGCUGCAUGUACGUCCGCUGUGUUCCCAAAUCCAGAUUCACGGUGCUGUUUUCCCACGGCAACGCGGUGGACUUGGGCCAGAUGAGCAGCUUCUACAUCGGCCUGGGCACGCGCAUCAACUGCAACGUCUUCUCCUACGACUACUCCGGCUACGGCGUCAGCGCCGGCAAGCCCAGCGAGAAGGACCUCUACGCCGACAUCGACGCCGCCUGGCACACCCUGUGCACUCGGUACGGCGUGAGCCCCGAGAGCAUCAUCCUGUACGGCCAGAGCAUCGGUACGGUUCCCACGGUGGACCUGGCGUCCAGGUACGAGUGCGCCGCCGUGGUCCUCCACUCGCCGCUCACGUCGGGCAUGAGGGUGGCGUUCCCCGACACCAAGAAGACGUACUGCUUCGACGCCUUCCCCAACAUCGAGAAAGUGUCCAAGAUCUCGUCUCCCGUGCUGGUCAUCCACGGCACCGAGGACGAGGUGAUCGACUUCUCGCACGGCCUGGCGCUGUUCGAGCGCUGCCCCAAGGCCGUGGAGCCCCUGUGGGUGGAGGGCGCCGGGCACAACGACAUCGAACUGUACGCGCAGUACCUGGAGCGCCUGCGACGCUUCAUCGGACACGAGCUCGCCUGAGACGCCGCCCGUUCCGACUCCAAAACGGAGUACGGUGCUACGACUGUCCCAACUUAGGAGUUUUACGAGCUGUUGAGGUUUGUUUGUUUGUUUGUUUGUUUGUUUGUUUGUUUGUUUUAACCAUACUGUACUGCCCUGGAACUGGGCAGUCCAGCACACAAAUCCUAAAUGACAUUCUCAAGGACCUGCCGUGGGCCACUUUUCACGCCCAGACUCGCACGCAGACUUACGGGCAAACUGCUCGUCACUCACCAGGGCCCCGCCCCUUAAAGGCACACAUCCAACACGUGGAGACUCCACUAAUGACACUUUCUAAAAGUAGUUUAUUUCUUUCCGUUCUGUUUUAUAUUUUUUUACUAGGGAUGAGCGAGUAGCGAUACCAGGUAGAGGUGCCCGGCCUUAUUUCAAGGUAGCGGGUACACGUGAAGGCUGUCGAUGCUUGCCGAUAAUCUGACAUCAAGUAAGUCCUCCUCGCCAGUAGUUGGCGCUACACAUCUGCGAGUCAUCGGAAUCACAAAGAAAGUUCUGAUCACAAUUCUCUGUCGUUGUGUUCUUGGAUAUUGGGACUCUGUAUCGGCGAGUACUCCGGAGUGAAUACUCGUACUGGUAUGGAUCUGGAAAAAAAAAAACAACUGGUGACAAACUCGAUCACAGAAUGAAUUAAACUCCUAGAUCAAGGUAAAACUGUCUACACUUUUUAAAAAAAAAAAUUUUUUUAAAGGGACUUUAAUGAAUAAAAAGCUGUUUUCUUUUUUUUGUAAAAUGAUGAAUCUGAUGAUUGCUCAGGUCAUCCUCCUUUUGAGGAUGUCAACAAGUUACAUGGACAUUUUUUUUUUUUUUUUUUUUUUUUUUUUUUUUUUAAACGUCUACUCCUCUACCUUUGUGUUUCCCACCUUUUAUUGAGCCCAGGUGCAUAUUUCACAUUGAAGAAAAAAAAAAAAAAAAUGCCACAACACAACCGCCCCCCCAAAGAAAAAGUUACAAAAAGUAUGACUACCGCAAUAAUGAUCUCGUCUCGAUUUACUCACAAAUUAAAAAUGUGAAAGCUAUUAUUCUUAUUUUAUGACCGGCAAAAGGUGGAUACACAGCUUAAUUGUAUUGUCUGCCAUCUAGUGGACGCGCGUUGAAUUGUUCUGCCCGUCAUUUGCAUACGUCAGUCGCAUAAAUAGAUGCACAUUAUUUGUAGUGAGUAAAUGGUUUUGGGUCCAAUUUUCCCUCGGUGAAUUGCGGUCGGGAAUCACCGGUCUACCUCAAAGUCUGUCUUUUGUUUUCGAGUCUUUUGCGUGUGACGACCAGUAAAGCAAAAAUGUUUUCGCACUCCUCGAGUCGACGCGCUGUCUGAAAUCUUCAUUUAUGAAUAUGAAUGACACGACUUUUCUCAUUUUCUCUUCGUCCACUGACCAGCAUAAAAUUACCCUAAUUCAAUUCGGUGUAUCUUAUACAUAUUCAAUGUGACAUUUCGUCGUGUAUUCGACGUGAUGAUGUGAUGUUGCGGGCGUCGACGACAUUAAACAAGGAAUAAGAAGACAAAACAACGUCCAAUCAUGAUAAAUGAAUAAUUUAUUGAUUCAGGUAGAGGAGGAAGACUCUUUGGCAAUGAAGAAAGUAACUUGGAGUGCAAGUGCUGCACGGACGUCAAUGCAAAGUUGACCAGAUGCGAGAAUGUUUCAUUGCACUCUCAUUGAGGACUUGAAAGAAUGAAGUUCCUGAUGCUUUUUUUUGUUGUUUUUUUUUAAACUCUUGUCCAUUACUUUUUUUCUCAAAUUAUUUCUCAUUGUAACAUUAUGUCUUGUCUCAAAUGACUCAAAAUUCCCCCCCCCCCCCCCGCAAAAAUCAGACUUGUAACAUUUCAACAUUUUCUCCCCGUGUUUUGGAUGAGAAAUAAAAUGUUAUUCUCGCAAAGUUAUGACUCAUGAUGGAACGUUUUCUUAAGAUAAAACGUUUUGUUCUCCAUUUUUUUCCCCUCACACUAAUGCAAAUAUUUCUGGAAAACAAUUCUGUUUCAUGUCGUUUUUCUAUAUAUAUAUUCUGACAUUUUGGAG